AUGGUGUUGCUUAUCAUUAACUCAACUAUUAGUUUUAUUGAGGAGAACAAUGCCGGAAAUGCUGCAGCUGCUUUGAUGGCUGGUCUUGCCCCCAAAACCAAGGUGUUGAGGGAUGGAAAAUGGAGUGAGCAAGAGGCAGAAAUUUUGGUACCUGGAGAUGUGAUCAGCAUCAAGUUGGGAGACAUUGUCCCAGCUGAUGCGCGUCUCUUGGAAGGAGAUCCCUUAAAAAUUGACCAGUCUGCCCUCACUGGUGAGUCAUUGCCAGUAACAAGGAACCCUGGUGAUGAGGUCUUCUCUGGUUCAACUUGCAAACAAGGUGAAAUUGAGGCUGUUGUCAUUGCCACCGGUGUCCACACCUUCUUUGGUAAGGCUGCACACCUUGUAGACAGUACCAACAAUGUUGGUCACUUCCAAAAGCACUGA